CAGAGGGGAAGCCCCUGCAAAGGGAAAUUUCCCUUUCUCCCCACAACUUCCCCUCCUCCUUACCAUCUAGAGCUGAAGAAGCACCUUCAUUGCCUUGAAAGAGGCACCAGCUGUUCUGAAUUAAUCUGAACGCAUGGGCCUAUGUCAGUCCUCCAACACCCUGAGGGUGUGCUAGGAACAGGGACAGGACCCUGUUCUGGGUAAGUCCACCAGGCACACAGCAUGGGACAUACACAUUAAUCAGUACGUUUCACCUGAGAGCUGCCAGGCAACCAGACAAGGCACAGCUGUGUGCCUGAGGGCUGCCUCGACCACACACUCUGCCACCCCAGCCCCAGCUUUCAGAGGACCCACAGCAAACCUCUACAACUCCCUGUAAGCACCUAUGUUAUCCUAAGCAGUUUACCCUAUUGCUCCAGCCCUCACAGCAACUCUACAAAGCGGGCAUUGUGAUGUACCGGUACCUUCUACAGAUCCAUACACGGAGGCUCCCAGGACGGAAAAGGACAAGAGGAGGAGUUCAGACUCAGAUGUGAUUGCAAACCUGUGUCCUCUGAGUUCCUUGAGGUGUGCUCUGGGCACUUUCUCUGGGAAAAUCCCAAGGAAAAGCGUAGUAGUUGUACAGGUCCGGAGCCUGCCUCGAAACCACAGAGGGCAAGUACUUGGUGGAAAAGUCCAGCAUGUGAUUCACCCUCCUCCCGCACUCUGUCACCGAGGCCAACUCCCCUCUGAGGCUCUCGGUUUCCAGCCUGGGAGUUGGUGCUCCAUCCUCUGUUCCGGGUGAGAGGGGGCUGGCCUCUGCCCGUAUGUCCCCAUCGCCUCAUCCCUGGGAAGAAGCUGGUACCAGGAGCGGGCAAGGUCCUGUCUCUCUGGGUAUUCCCGUAGUGGCUUCCCUGGGCUCUCCUGGGGACCUGAGGCAUGGAGCUGAGCUGACCACAGGAGCCGGGAUCGGGGCUGAGACCCUGGCCAGGCUUCCGCCCACAUGCCUGCCUCCUACAAACAGUUAAUUUUGGACUUGCAGUCUUUUGAACAUUUCCUCGACGGGCAGCACUCAGCCCAGUGUGGCCGUGGGUUCUUUGCUGCUGGAGGGCACUGAGGAGACAUAAAGCACAGAGAGGAGGUGCAAUUUGCCUAAGGUCACACAGCAAGUUAGAGACUCAGCUCCACCACUUCCUGCUUUGGCUGUGCCUGUCUCAACACCCAGCCCCACUCCCAGCUCGGCGGCCUCUGGAUCCAUUACGGGGCCAUGGAUGGGAAAGCGACUGUCCACGAGGACGUGCCUCCUGUGCUCACCUGGGUCCCCGAGGAGGGAGAGAAGCUGGACCAGGAAGGCGAGGGCCAGGUGAAGGAUCGGGGCCAAUGGACCAACAAGAUGGAGUUUGUGCUGUCAGUGGCCGGGGAGAUCAUUGGGCUGGGCAAUGUCUGGAGGUUUCCUUAUCUCUGCUACAAAAACGGAGGUGGAGCCUUCUUCAUCCCCUAUUUCAUCUUCUUCUUCACUUGUGGCAUCCCGCUGUUCUUCUUGGAGGUGGCAUUGGGCCAGUACACCAGCCAAGGGAGCGUCACAGCCUGGAGGAAGAUCUGUCCCCUUCUCCAAGGCAUUGGUUUGGCAUCUGUGGUCAUUGAGUCCUAUUUGAAUGUCUACUACAUCAUCAUUCUCGCCUGGGCCCUCUUCUAUCUGUUCAGCUCCUUCACCUCUGAGCUGCCCUGGACAACCUGUACCAAUACCUGGAACACAGAGCACUGCAUGGACUUUCUGAACCACUCAGGAGCCAACACAGUGACAACCUCUGAGAACUUCACCUCACCUGUCAUAGAAUUUUGGGAGAGACGUGUUCUGGGCAUCACUGCAGGCAUCCACGACCUGGGAGCCCUGCGUUGGGAACUGGCCCUGUGUCUCCUGCUUGCCUGGAUCAUCUGCUACUUCUGCAUCUGGAAGGGGGUCAAGAUCACAGGCAAGGUUGUUUAUUUCACAGCCACGUUUCCCUACCUGAUGCUGAUCAUCCUAUUGAUUCGAGGCGUCACGCUUCCUGGAGCCUACGAGGGCAUCAUCUACUACCUGAAGCCGGAUUUGUCUCGCCUGAAGGACCCCCAGGUGUGGAUGGAUGCAGGCACCCAGAUCUUCUUCUCCUUUGCCAUCUGUCAGGGGUGCCUGACAGCCCUGGGCAGCUACAACAAAUACCACAACAACUGCUACAGGGACUGCAUUGCCCUCUGCUUCCUGAACAGUGCCACCAGCUUUGUGGCUGGAUUUGUGGUCUUCUCCAUCCUGGGCUUCAUGUCCCAAGAGCAGGCGGUGCCCAUCUCUGAAGUGGCGGAGUCCGGUCCUGGUCUGGCCUUCAUCGCAUUCCCUAAGGCUGUGACUAUGAUGCCCUUAUCCCAGUUGUGGUCCUGCCUUUUCUUCAUCAUGCUCAUCUUCCUAGGGCUGGACAGCCAGUUUGUCUGUGUGGAGUGCCUGGUGACAGCCUCCGUGGACAUGUUCCCCAGGCAGCUCCGGAGGAGCGGGCGGCGAGAGCUCCUCAUCCUUGGCAUUUCCAUCCUGUGCUACCUGAUAGGGCUCCUCCUGGUCACCGAGGGCGGGAUGUAUGUCUUCCAGUUGUUUGAUUAUUAUGCUUCCAGUGGCAUAUGCCUGCUUUUCCUCGCAAUGUCGGAAGUAAUCUGCAUCAGCUGGGUGUAUGGGGCAGACCGUUUCUAUGACAACAUUGAGGACAUGAUUGGCUACCGGCCAUGGCCCCUGGUAAAGAUCUCCUGGCUCAUCCUGACCCCUGGACUUUGCCUGGCCACGUUCUUCUUCUCCUUGAGCAAGUACACACCUCUCAAAUACAACAACAUCUAUGUGUACCCUCCCUGGGGAUACUCCAUUGGCUGGUUCCUGGCUCUCUCCUCCAUGGUCUGCGUCCCACUCUUCAUCAUCAUUACCCUCCUGAAGACCCAGGGUACCUUCAAGAAGCGCUUGCGACAGCUCAUCACCCCUGACCCCAGCCUGCCACAGCCCAAGCAACACCUGUAUCUGGAUGGUGGCAGCAGCCAGAACUGUGGACCCUCCCCAGUGAAGGAGGGACUGAUAGUUGGAGAGAAAGAGACCCACUUAUAGGAUGUGGCUGAAGGCCAGGGGGCUCCUGAGCCAGGAACCUGGGUCAGGGCCACCCUCUCCCCCCAGUGGACAGCCUUUGCCUCUGUCCCCACCACAACCCUAUUGAGAAUGCUUGCGAUGUCUGGGGCACCCCCAGCGAAGGCAAGAUUCCCUCUCUCUUCUCCCAGCGGAAGCAGCUCCUCCUGGUGGGCUAAAGACGGUCCUGCUGGAACACACCACGCUGUGAAGCAGCUCCCUGCUGGAACCCACUGUCUUAUUUAUAAAGGAGGGUGGUCUUUUUGGCGUUCACCAUCUGAUCACAGCGCAUUACACUGUGAGGAUCUCCCACUGCAGGGAUGCUUCCUGUUAGAGUUUACCAUAUUUGUGCACUGGAAGACAGUGCCAAUUGGAAUACACAUCAUGAUCUGAUUCAGAGAACUCGACGGAACUCUGUGCUGGAAGUGGCAUUGAACACACCAUAUUGGAUUCUGACAUCCCAUUAGAGGGGAUCCCUCACUAGGUGUAGCAUUCUGGAGUCUGGGGGAGGGGACUGAGAAUCAGCCAGGAGGCAGAUCUUCACAGGCUAUCAUUGCAUCGACUUUUCCAGGAGCCAGUCUCUGCCAGUGUUCCUAGUGCCAGUGCUAGUUCUAUACUCUUCUUCAAAUAUUAUCAUCAACUCAUGGAGCGUUCGAAUGGAAGGGACUUACAGAUGAUGCCUGGACUAUGUCCUAUGUCCAAGACAGACAUUGCUAGUGGAUCACCAAUUCUUUCCCACCUCAUAGUCCUUCCAAAUAUAGUGCUCCAGGCAGCUUCACUUGCCAUCCUGCUUUUGUCCACAUCCCUGACUUCAUGAAUGAGGACCAAUGAGACAAAGUGGCUUUUUCAAAUUCACACAGUUCCUCAGCACCAAAGAUAUGACUAGAACCUGAUCCUCUGUUUCUUGACCAGUGUGUCCCCCAAGUCCCCCUUCUGCCUUAAUAACAAAGCAUAUGUGAA